CAGUAAGUCAAUCACGACCAUUGAUGGCAUCAUGAAUCAUCUUGAUACUUCAACUUCUUCGGUGGCAAACGAACGAAAAUUAUACACGGUAGUACCCGUCUAAUGCAAGACAUCUUAUCGUGGCUGAGACAAGAUCUAAAAACAAAUCAUCAUCGGUCAGUUGUCACUUGAACCACCCAACCUCCAACCUCAUCUCAACAUCCUCUUCCACCAUCCAUCAGAUCUCUUUCUGACCCUUCCCUUUCAUUCCAACAUAAUCAUCACACCACUUCCUCAAGAUGCAUUUCUUUAUCACGGCCCCGCUACUCGCUGGCUUAGCUUCCGCUGGCUUCAUCGACACGAUCGAAAGCAUCAUAAAGACAUCCGAGCCCGUCGAAGCACUCUCAGAAUGGUCAUACACCAACUGCGGCACGGACACGGAUGCUAUUAGUCUCCACUCCUUCACCCUGUCGCCAGACCCACCUGUCCCCGGCUCCCCGCUCACGGCCACCUUCGACUUCACAGCCAACAGCGAGAUCCUCGAAGGAGCAUACGUCGAUAUCGAUGUCAAAUUAGGAUUCAUAAUCUUGUUGAGCAAAACUAUCGAUCUUUGUGACGACAGCGAGGAUGGAGUGUUGUAUGAUACCGGGGUUAGUUGUCCGAUUGCGGCAGGGGAUUAUGUUUUGACGAAGAAUGUGGAUUUGCCUGCUGAAAUCCCGCCUGCGAAGUUCACGGUGGAGAGUCGUGGAUAUACUUUUGAUGACCAGGAUAUGUUCUGUGUCGAUGUUGUGGCAAAUUUCAUGACAACGGUAGCGGUUCGUGAGGGUUUGUGAUAAGCGAUUAUAUUGCCAUUGUUGAGACGGAGGGGCAUCAUGAAUGGAAUAAGAAUGAGAACGGAGCCUAAGAUCCUAUGUUAUGAAGAUUGAGCUUGUGAUAGAGUUGGAUGAAGUUAUAAUAAGAUUAGAGUAUGC